GAAGCGCCCAGAGACAGCCAUUUCCAACGAGCUGGCGGGGGUGAAAGAUGGCGACGCCCCUCGGGUGGUCGCAGGGGGGGUCAGGAUCAGUGUGUCUCGCCUUCGAUCAACUGCGGGACGUGAUCGAAUCUCAGGAGGAACUGAUCCAUCAGCUGAGGAACGUGAUGGUUCUCCAGGAUGAAAAUUUUGUCAGUAAGGAAGAGUUCCAGGCAGUGGAGAAGAAGCUGGUGGAAGAGAAAGCUGCCCACGCCAAGACCAAGGUCCUCCUGGCCAAAGAAGAGGAGAAGUUGCAGUUUGCCCUCGGAGAGGUAGAGGUGCUAUCUAAACAGCUGGAGCAAGAGAAGCUGGCUUUUGAGAAGGCGCUCUCCAGUGUCAAGAGCAGAGCCCUGCAGGAAUCCAGCAAGAAGGACCAGCUCAUCACCAAGUGCAAUGAUAUGAAUUCCAUAUGCAACCUGCUUCGUGCAUUACAGCCGAUUUUGAGUAGGCCAAAGACCAGAGCCCAAGUCCAAAAGAGAUUCAGGGUCCCUCCUGAUGGGCUGCCACCCGGAGUCUUGGGCACCCCGUACCCAUCAAUCCAGCCCUCUGUCUCCCUUGAAAUUGAGUCUCACAUUAUAAAGCAAGAAGAUAUACUUAAUGGCAAAGAGAAUGAGAUUAAGGAGUUGCAGCAAGUUAUCAGCCAGCAGAAACAGAUCUUCAGGAAUCACAUGUCUGACUACCGGAUCCAGAAGCAGCAGGAGAACUACAUGGCCCAAGUGCUGGACCAGAAGCAUAAGAAAGCCUCGGGGACGCGUCAGGCCCGGAGCCACCAGCGUCCCAGGGAAAAAUAAAAUGGCCGUCACCUUCCGUUCA